AAAUGGACUUCUUUCCACGCUUAUUUUGGACACUAUUGGGUACAGCAUCACUGUGUUAUUUUGCAAUCAAUGUGGCCUUGGGCUAUUGGAAACGUCGUGGCAUACUACAUGAGAAGCCGAAAAAACCCUGGGGCCACUUAAAAGGCGUCGGGCGUAAACGCCAUAUAAGCGAAGUUCUACAAUCGUUAUAUGACAAAUACAAAGGUCAGGCACCAUUUGUGGGUUUCUAUGCUGUACUGAAACCAAUGCUACUGAUAUUAGAUCUCGAAUCUAUACAUUAUAUACUGCUUAAAGAUUCCAAAUAUUUUAUGGAUCGUGGACUAUACUACAACAUACAAGAUGACAUACUCUCACAAAAUCAACUACAAAUGGAUGGUCCCGAUUGGCAGCACAUGAAUCUAAAAUUAAAAUCUCUACAAUGGCAAGAGAAAAUACAAAAAAUGUUACCAGCCUUGCUUAAAGUUCAACAGACAUUUGCCAAUUCCCUCAAGGAUCAAAUACCCAGCUCUCAAGUCAAACAAAACAUCACCGAAUUGGUAGAGGGUUUUAACAUUGAUUGCAUUUCUUCGUUGGCAUUUGGAUUGGAGGGCGAUUCACUGCGUUAUCGUAAUACCCAGUUUCAUAAUAUGUCUAAAGCGUAUACGAAAAGGAAUUUCAAUAUUUUCAAAGCAUAUUUGGCCUUCUGUUUUCCCUCAUUGGCUAGACUACUGCAAUACUAUAUGUACUCACCGGAGGCUACACAAUAUUUUCAAAAACUCAUAUCGGAUAAAUUGAAUGAACGUGAAUAUCAACAUACGCAAUCGUUGCAAUAUGACUUUUUACAAUUAUGGUGUGAUUCGCGUAAAAUAAGUCAACGCAAUCAGAUGUUUAAGAAAUUUGAAAAUCAAGAAAUUGUCGGUCAGGCAUUUAGUUUUAUUUUGGCUGGUCUGGAAUCCUCAACAUCAACGUUGGCAUGUUGCCUCUAUGAAAUGGCUCUACAACCGGAAAUACAAAACAAGGCACGUAAAGAAAUUCAGGAGGUCUUGGGUGCGAAUAAUGGAAAAAUAAAUGAGGAUACCCUAAAGGAUUUGAUAUACCUGAAGCAGAUAUUAAAUGAAACGCUUCGCAAACACUCACCCUAUCCAUUUCUAUUGCGGCUCACCACCAAAGAUUACGAGCUACCCAAUUCAGUAUUUAUGCUACAACAGGGUAAUCAUUUAAUUAUCCCCAUCUCAGCCAUACAUAACGAUUCAACCUAUUAUCCCAAUCCGGAUAAAUUUGAUCCAGAACAUUUUCAUUCCACAGCAGUUGAAAAGAGGCCGGCGUGUGCAUUUUUACCCUAUGGCAUGGGGCCACGGGCAUGUAUCGCACAGUAUUUUAUACAACAACAAAUGUUGUUGUGCCUUGUUACGUUGCUGCAACGUUAUGCAUUUACAACGUGUGAGGAAACCACAAUACCUCUGACCUAUGACAAUGCCAAAUUGUUGAAGAAACCUAAAAAUGACAUUUGGUUAGCAAUGGAAAAGCUUUAA